GGAAGUUUCCGGACUCUUCAGGGUUAAAAGCGGAGGCCUGGCCAGGGGUCCCAGGGCAGAAGAUCACAGCGGCCCACACGGCAGGGCAGAGGCACUUCUGGGUCUCCUCUUCUUCCCUUCGGCGACUCCCAGUCUAGGUCCAGGCCAUGAGACCCUCGCACCUCCACCUCUCCGCCGCCUCUGGUGCCCGGGCCGGGGCGAAGCUGCUACUGGCGCUGCUGGUGGCGCAACUCUGGGCCGCAGAGGCGGUGUUCCCCAGAAACGACACGGAUUGGGACCCCGAGGCCUCUGGCGCCGCGUGCGCGCGAGGCUCGCAGCCCUGGCAGGUCUCCCUCUUCAAUGGCCUCUCGUUUCACUGCGCGGGUGUCCUGGUGGACAAGAGUUGGGUGCUCACGGCCGCGCACUGCGGGAACAACAAGCAGCUGUGGGCUCGAGUUGGGGAUGACCACCUGCUGCUUCUCCAAGGCGAGCAGCUCCGCCGGACCACUCGUGCUAUUAUGCACCCCAAAUAUCAUCAUGGCUCAGGCCCCAUCCUGCCGAGGCGGACAGAUGAGCAUGACCUCAUGCUGCUGAAACUGGCCAGGCCCGCUGUGCUGGGACCUCGCAUCCAGUCCCUGCGCCUGCCCUACACCUGUGCUCAGCCGGGAGACCAGUGCCAGGUUGCUGGCUGGGGCACCACGGCCGCCCGAAGAGUGAAGUACAACAAGGGCCUGAGCUGCUCCAGGGUCACUCUCCUGAGCUCCAAAGAGUGUGAGGUAUUCUACCCCGGCGUGAUCACCAACGGCAUGAUGUGUGCAGGACUGGACCAGGGCCAGGACCCCUGCCAGAGUGACUCCGGUGGUCCUCUGGUCUGUGAUGAGACCCUUCAAGGCAUCCUUUCCUGGGGCAUUUACCCCUGUGGCUCUGCUCAGCAUCCAGCAGUCUACACGCAGAUCUGCAAGUACACCUCCUGGAUAGAGAAAACCAUUCGCUCCAACUGACUCAGAGGUCCUGCGAGUCCUUCACCAUCUGC